UCACUGAUAGAACUGACGUCACGUGUAUACCUAUUUUACUUCCGUAUUUCUGGAUCACAUUCAUUCGAAACUUAUGUAGUUGUUGCCACGGCGGCAUAAUAGUGCAAUUAUCGUUGUUGUUUGGGGUCGAAAUCAAUGAUUAAAAGGAAAUUAUUACCGUAAAUAGCCUGCGAUUACGCAGCCUGUUUGUCCAGCACGGUACGGGAAAGGUCUAGCUAGCUAUCGGUUAGCCUCCGCAGUCUAGCUGGCAGUAAGCCUAUUUGGGCUGUGUGAAGUAAACUGUAUAAGAUAUAUAUAUUUAAAAAAUCAUGUCAAAACCAAAACUAAUCGUCUUCGACUUGGACUACACACUGUGGCCUUUUUGGGUUGACACCCAUGUGGACCCCCCGUUCCGCAAGGACAAAGCCACUAGUGAGGUGAAGGGAGCCAAUCAGCUGCUGUCGCUCUUCAAACUCGACCAAUACUUUUCCCUCAAAGAGAUCUACCCGGGAUCAAAGGUCACACACUUCAAAAAACUGAAGGCGGACAGUGGGGUACAGUUCAGGGAAAUGAUGUUCUUUGAUGAUGAUCAGAGAAACAUUACAGACGUCAGCCGACUGGGUGUGCACUGUGUCCUGGUCCCCGAUGGCGUCACAGAGCAGUUAACUCGAAAGGAACUACUUGCCUUCUCCCAGAGAUGACCUGUCACCUGACACCAGUCCUCAGGAGUCAGGAAGCUGGAGAGCUGCCUACACACACACACACACACACACACACAGUAACACUGUACACACACACACAUACACACACACACACACACUGUAACACUGUACACACACACACACUCACACACACACAUUGUAACAUGUUAUUACGCGUUCAAACAAAUUGCAAAAAAAGAGGUGUUUGGGAAAACAGGAACCACCUGUUUAUUAAAGAACAAAAAAAAGUUUUUUUCCACUGAAUAGUAUCUAAAAAAUUUAACAUACAAUCUUAAUCAAUAAUUUCUGAAGACACAUCCACACACACACUUUACACUAUACAGACGCACAGUGAACAGAUAAUAUGUGCUCCAGGAGCACUCCUCUCAAUCGUCUGGAGACAUACACACACACACACUUUAACACUAUACAGACGCACAGUGAACAGAUAAUAUGUGCUCCAGGAGCACUGCUCUCAAUCGUCUGGAGACAUACACCUUGUAUGCGUGUCCUCUCUUUCAGAGUGAGCACCUGUUAGAAGAGGAACUGAGGAACUAUGUGCCGCUGGGUCGAUUACCAUGACUACCAGAGUUGACAGGUGUCUGGAGUGUGUGGCCAUGUCAUAAAAAAAGACUUCAAAAUCACUGGAGCCCCAUUGCUUUUUUGUGGACAGGCUGACCGUUCGGGUGAGAGCCACCUGCCAGGUGUUACCAUGGACACGGAUGAGGAAUGAUCAAAGACGGAUCAAUGACUCUGCUUACGCUUCUCUGGAUGGCUGAUUUUGGCCUUUUGAGAAUGUUACGGCCUGAUAAUGAAUUGCCCAAAAGAGAACAGCCCACAGUUAGUCAAUGUGUGGAACAGCCUGCCAGGUCACCUAGUAGUGGCGGAAACUCUGGGGAUUUAAAAGACUAGGCUUGAUACGGGGUUAGAUACUAUCCAAGUCUGUAGGCAAUCAGAGCUCCAGGUACAAUUUAGUCAGGAAAAUGGCAAGCACUGCUGUGCAGAAUGGCCUCUUCUCAUCAUUUUACGUUAUGUUAAGUUUCUGAUUUGAUGCGACCUUUUUUUCCCCUACUCCUGCAAGAUCCACUGUCGGCCACUAGGGGUCAGUAGCAGUCCACAUUAGAUGUCUGGCACUGAAUUCCUGCCCACACAGCGGUGGGAUGCUGUGGGUGGCGUGUGGAUGUAUUCCUGCCCGCACAGCGGUGGGAUGCUGUGGGUGGCGUGUGGAUGUAUUCCUGCCCGCACAGCGGUGGGAUGCUGUGGGUGGCGUGUGGAUGUAUUCCUGCCCUGUCUCCUCUCUCGCGGCUCGUACUGCGCGACCGAAGUGCUGGAGCACACAUGCACACACUCACACCCACACACCCAUACUAACACACACACACCCACACACAAAUACUCACACACACUCACACACAGUAUUUCACAGAUUUUGUUCACUCUGAGAAACUACUUUGAGAGUGUCUUUAAGAUCGCACAAAACAUCUUUUAUUUUAUAUCAAAAAGAGUGAUUAAAGCUCCUGCCAUCUAUGCCCCAAUACUGAACCCUCUUUCAAAGUCACUUAGGUCUUUUCCUCUUGAUCCAAAAUUGAGGUAAACUGGGCCUGCUCAGCAUUUUUAUACAUGUCAGAGCAUGAUAGGAUGUUAAUUGCUUAAUUGUAUCAUGUAGUAAGUCUGUAUGUAAGCAUCUGCAUUCGUUAUGUUUCUCAUUUGUCGCCCGUCUGUAUGAACACAUGAAUCAUAAGCGUAAAUAUCAUUUUAAUAUCA